AUGGCUCCCACGACUCGGUCGAGGAGCAAGAAAGCCCAAAUAGGCAGCUUCCCGGACCCCACUCAAUCCACAAAUGCCCCGCGAAAGGAGAGGCCUCUGCCUCCCGACCACGAAUCACCACAGCUCCAAGUACAGAAUCCAGAUCCGUUCGACCCAGUUCCGCCCAAAUACACCAUCGAUCUUUCGCGCCCGCCUCGAGAGCGCUACAAUGAAGUCGUGGCCGACUUCAAGCCGCAGCUGACCAAGCUGACCGGCCUCUUCGACGAGGUCCUCAUCAUGUCCGGCCUGCCAGUCAAAUCCACCACCCGCUUCGCCCGCCUGUUCCUGCGACGCCUGCGCAGCAAAGAAGAGACGGAAGAGCUGAAGGGCAUCAGCAAAGCCAGCGGCGUACCCAUGUACCUGCUGGUCUCGUUCAACAGCCUGCUCGACCUCUUCAUGGGCUGCACCAGCGGCGGCGCCCGCGUGCGCACCGCCGACGGCACCACCCGCAUGUACCACUUCCGCACCCUGGACUGGGCCAUGGACGUGCUGCGCCGCGUCGUCGUGCAGCUCGAGUUCGUCGAGAAGCCCCACGGCCCCGUCGUCGCGCGCUCCGUCACCUACGUCGGCUACGUCGGCGUCCUGACGGGCCUGAGGCAAGGGCUCAGCCUGUCCCUGAAUUUCCGCCCUUACCACAACAAUGACGUGUCCAAUUCCGAAAACUUCAAGUUCUACUCGAAUCUGCUCUUGAUGCUGUUGGGCUUUCGGCCCUCGAUAUCUUCCCGCCUGCGAGACCUCGUGAUUCCUCACGUGGGUCCGAAGGGGGGAAAGCAUAAAGCUGAGCUCUGGGAUCUGGAAACCAUCAAGAAGAAAUUUCCGUCGUUACCCUCGACUGCUGCGUAUCUGAUCUUCAGCGACGGCGAAGAGACCACCGUGCUCGAGAAAGACCGUGUCACUGCUACCGUGCGUUCGUCUAAUUCAUUCAUCACAAUCACAAACUGCGACGUCAACACCGUAGAUAGCUCAGACAAUACGACUAAGAAGCCGAAGGCGAAGCUUUGUCAUAUCCAAGACUUGAUCCAUGAGGCCGAAGACAGAAGAGAGCGCAUCGAGGCGCGGUGGAACAGAGCCAGAGAACGGUCAAAAAAGAAGGGUGCCGGAGAAUUGUCUGUCUCUCCGGCGGAUGUCGUGAAGUGGGUUCAGAAGUACCCGACAACGAACGAAACAACGCAUUACGCCGUCGUCAUGGAUCCGAAGGCGGGCGAAGUCGUGUGGGUGAAAAGAUGGCUAGAAGGUGAGUUGACAGGGGACAGGGUCCAGGCUUGGGAUCGGGGUUGGGGGGUGUGA